AUGGAUGUUAUUUCACGAAUUGAGAUUUUUGUUUUGGAAUUACUGGCAGAAUUGAUGAAUCGUGGUGGCCUUAAGCAUACAAGUGAAAAAUAUGUGGUUUUAAAAAAGAUGCGGUUUCCUUUUGCCCAAGUCAAAAAUUACAGUAUGCGUUUUAUUAUAGAUAAAUCGCAUUUUUUAGCACAAAUAUCCCUUUUCCUUUCUAUUGUCUACAAGGCACUUAAAAGUGGCACAUAUGUAACAAAAAGAGCCAUCUUUUAUGAAAACCCACGAGUGUUUCUCAACCAAUGUGCUAUUGAUAGACUAAUAUCUCGUCUAUGCAAGCAUCUGGAAUUAAGCAGGCUCGAAAUGAACACCGUAAGCUGCUUUCUACUUACCCUUUUUAGGUUGCAACGUCUAAAUCAAUCGUAUUUGGCGAUGCAAGACUUGACAUGCAAUGCUAGGUUUGUACUUGUUAUUGAGAAGGACGCAACGCUACAAAAGGUCAUGGCGAGCAAAUUCUACAAAGAAUUCCAACCCUGUCUUCUAAUAACUUCAAAGGGAUAUCCUGACCUGUCAACUAGAUUAUUCUUAAGUAAGCUUAACCAAAAAUAUCCCACAUUGCCAAUAUUUGCGUUGGUAGACGCGGACCCACACGGUAGACUUGGUUGGUCCUUUUACAAAAGCUACUAUAAACUAGAGAAAGGCUUACAGGACGAGGUAUGUAGCAUGCCCUUCAUAAAGCUUAAUUACAUUCAGAUCUCAUUAAUGGAAGUCAUGAAGAAAAAGGCAGAAAUUCAAUGCCUUGAAAACUUGGGUCUAGACUUCCUUUGUUCAGAAUAUCUUCCACGGAAGCUCCAACAAGAGGGAAUAAUUUCGAAUAGAUGUUCAAAGUUGAAAUCGUCAACAGCUUUUUUUAGGACGUGA